AUGGCCACCAAGCAGGCAACGAGGACAAACCAGGCUAUCACCAUCAAGGGAUCGGUCGCUAUUGUCACCGAGUUUUUCGAGUACAGCGUCAACAGCAUUCUGUACCAGCGUGGAGUGUACCCCUCCGAUGACUUCCGAAUGGUUAAGAAGUAUGGCCUCCCCAUGCUCGUGACCUCGGACGACAGCUUGAAAGAGUAUAUUCAGACCAUCCUGGCCCAGGUGCAAGAAUGGCUCAUGUCGUCGCACCUCACCCGCCUCGUGCUUGCGAUCAAGAGCGUGGAGACGGACGAGACACUUGAGCGCUGGCAGUUUGACAUCCACACCGAGGACGGUCCCUCUUCCGCCGGUGCGCUGCCAGGUGCACCCAAGCCUGCUGCCAAGAAGAAGAACAAGACGGAGAAGGAGGUCCAGGCCGAGAUCCAGGGUAUCAUGAAGCAGAUCACUAGCAGUGUCACCUUCUUGCCCAUUCUUGAUGAGGAGUGCACGUUCACCAUCCUGGCGUACACAGACGACGCACCCGACACUGCCAUCCCUUCGACUUGGGACGACGCCGACCCGCACCUCAUCGACCGCGGCAAGGUCGAGCAGGUCCGUCUCCGCAGCUUUACCACCAACGUCCACAGCCUCGAGGCCAUGGUCGCGUAUCGUGUUGGCGAAUAG